UACCGCUGACUACUCAUCUGAUCUACAUCCGGGUAACUGUGCUGGUGACCUUGAUUAUCAUGGCGGCUAUCGUCAGGUUGGGUUCUGUGUGUCGCAGAGGAGUCAAACCUCUGUUCUACCAAAGCACUUUGUUGGCCAGGCCGCUGGUUGUACCAUACAAUUACCAGGAGCAGCCCUACCAGCUGACCGCGAAGAUUCAUGCAUCACAGGCUCUGUAUGCGGACUCCGCCUCCAAAGCCGCCUCUCUGCACUGGACGGCAGAGCGAGUGCUGAGCGUCUUGCUCCUGGCCAUGGGACCCGCAGCCUAUUUUAACCCCUGUCCUGUCGUUGACUACUCCUUGGCUGCUGCCCUGACCCUGCAUGGCCACUGGGGUAUUGGGCAGGUGCUUACAGACUACGUUCAUGGGGACACAAAGAUGAAGAUUGCCAGUGCAGGCCUCUUCCUCCUGUCCACGGUCACCUUCGCUGGUCUUUGCUACUUCAACUACAACGACGUGGGGAUCUGCAAAGCCAUCGCACUGCUCUGGAGCAAAUGAAGUACAACUAUGGACUGGGAAGCUUGGGAGGACCUCGACACUGGGAUGGGAGCAAUCUCGCCCCGGGCUGAUUGUAAAAGUUCCAGGUGUUCUGUGUAAAUUCUUAUAUAUAAAUAUAUCAUUUUUGACUAUUACAGUGAUUCAUAAAGGUGUAAUUAAUGUCUCUCAAUUUAGGCUUGGUCUUAUAAGUUCUUGCUCGACAAGUGGCAUCCAUUUUCUCUUCUAUGUGGGAGCUCAGCUUCCAUUUGUGUUCAACGUGGACUUUAUUUAUCCUACAUCAGCCUGUUGUCCAGUUAAUUCAAAUGUCCCGACCAUUUCUAACUAUAAGAGAUGUCAAGUAUCCUGGCAUGUAGUCGUUAUCUUCAUUGGGGACAUACAUGUUUUCAACAAGACAGUUAUGACUUCUAUAAAGUCUUUCAGAAUAGUUCCGUUUGACAUGUAAUUAAUUUUUUUCCUGUUCAGGUCCUUUUUGUGGCCGAUAACUUCAAUGUAUGUUAUUUCAAUCAAAAACCCAUCAGAAAUAACGGGGCAGCACUACAGAUUGGAGCUGUAUUUGUAUUUGUAUACACCCUCCACACUAGCCCCCCCCACCAAUAUGUAUAUUAGAGGACUGCUUUUGCUUUUAUUGGCCUGUUGCAUCCAGGAGAUCUGCUCCGCUGCUCUAUUGAAGGUUGAUUAAGCGUAAGGUAGGCGAGAUCAGAAGUGAAUCAUAAAUUCAAGCCAUCCAGCGAUAAACUUACCUGUGCAUAGCGGCUAAUGAAGUCUGGCAGCCUACAAGCUCUUGUCAGCCAACCGUGUAUAAUCCACAGCAGGGUCUGGAAUUAAAAGCUGCAAAAUGCCGUCCUCUGCCGAUAAAUGAUCAUUCAGACGGUAACAUCAACGCCCCUGUACCAUUUAGUAGUGUUGUGCUUCAUGUGUGCUUUCCACUGUGUGAGUGAGCAAAUGACAAGUUUAAAGAAAAAGACACAUUUUGAAAAUAUUUAAUAAAAAAAAGAAUUACAUUUAUUUAGGCCAUAUACAAAUUCUUGGCAGUUUUUUGUAAGUUUAUUACAUCUUGGCAAAUGAGGCAAAAACUUCAAUUCAAUAUGGCUGGCUAAUCAAAACGGUUAUGUAAUCUUGGAACAUUUACUCCUAGCAUAUAAUUGGUACACACACAGCCCUCGCAUGCAGCUAUUAAUACCAGUAAUUAUGUUUGUACUCCUGGAAUAGGCAUUACAGGUUGAUUUCAUCGCUGUAAAAUCUGAGUUCUGGAUUCAAUCUGUUGUCACAAUGCUCAUGCAGUAAAUGUUUGAGAGCUUACAAGUUUGGUGGUCUGUCAAUUUGUAAUUUAUGUUCAAUUAAUUUCUUUUCAGAUUAUACGCACAGGAUUAGACGUGGCAAAAAAAUGCACUGUAACUGCCUCGGCGGAAUAAAGUUGGCUCUACAGAUGUUUU